CCGGGCUGUCGGGGGCGGCAUGGGCUCAUGCAAUUCCAGGCCUGCCAUCAGACAAACACCGCAACAGCUUCGUUCUCGUAGCCAUUUCACUCGUCGAACUUGAGUCCUCGAGGCAUCCGUAGCUCAUCUCAUCUUGUGUUUUGUUUUGUUUUUCGAUUAUCAGCGACAUUAAUUUUGAUAUGGCAUCACCUUUGGCCAGCGGCGACGAAUCAGACUCCCCUGCAGUCCGCUUCUUCUCUGCCAGUCGGCCUCCCUCUCCCUCGCUUGUUCCUGGCUUCCUAAAUCUUGAGGUUGUGAAUGAAAAACUCAGGCAACGCACCCUGUCUCCAGAGACCCCGAGCGCUGAAAAGGGGAGUCUGGAUGCUCGCAAACCCUUUGACGAGCUCGUUGAGCUGGGAGGCAUACCUUUGCGGCCUUGGGUUGACUACCGACCUGAAGAUCUCACCGAUGCUCAACGGGGUGACGACAAUGGGGAGGAGUACAUGAUGUGUCGCUAUAUGGACGAAAAGAUGUAUUGGCAGGCCCAGCUGAGGCUUUGGAAACGAUUCGCAAAACGCCGCAGUCAAGACUCUGAAUCUGACCUCCACAGCCUAGAACCAAUCGCCGCUGUCACUGCCUUUACAACCUACUUGCGAGGCCAUUUACAGCGGGAUAUGGAGGACCGUGUUGGGCCCGGGCGCGAGAUCUGGCCCGACUAUAUUGACAUGGAGUGGCACAGAGAGUUUAUAGAGGACAUCGUGAAGAACCUUCCCACUGCGGAGUCCCUUCUUAAGGAACUGAGAAAAGAGAACUGCGACGAAAGCACACCCGAGGCACCGAAGGUCACUCGCGAGGGGCUCAUUGAAGAAUACAAUAUCCCCCAUCGCCAGCUCUGGAUGAAACUCUGGGGGCACAGUCAGGAGUCCUUGGCCGAGCAGGAAAGGUUGCUUCCUGCAAAACGGCGGAGAAAUGACCCCGACAAAGAUGGAAGCGAAGGAGACGCAAGGCCUUCAAAGCGCUUAGCAUCUAGUGCGAAGCCAAGCGCAGAGACCGCUAGUGCCUCACCACAGGAGAGCCAAAAGGAGCAGUAUCCAGACUCACAACAGGACGCCGAGUCGAAGACUCUCGACUCGAGCGGGGAUCUAACAACAUCAAUUCCCAAGAAACUAAGCCAGACGAACACCAAGCGAGGCAAGCUGAGCCCCAGUAAGGAAUCUACGGCUGUAGACGACCGUACAUGUCGGCAGCCAUCGGACACGGGUGAAGGUAAAACGGCGCCGACGACAAAUACGGCGAAGCGUAAACAAGAGCUCAGGGGUGGGGAUUCCGCACUAGAUGUCCCGGGUUUGAGGAGGAGCAUUCGAAUUGCUGUUCGAGACCCGUUAAGCAAAUGACCGUAGCAAAUGACAGGAUAUUCUGCCGUCCGGGACUUCCGGAAA